UCGUCACGCGUCUACAAUUUGUUUCCAAAAAGGUCGUCGAUGACUUAGCGAUUAUACAAAAUUACAGAUUAGUGUAGCUGUUAUUGUGUCGUUUUAUAGUAAGAUUUGAAUAGCAAACAUACACAUAAUGGCUGGGGCAAUGUUGUUUGAGAGAUCACGCGUGUCGUCUUCUAACAGAGAGGAAGACGUCCGCAUGACCGACAAAAUGGUUAGCACAGGUGAAGUGCCCGAAGAUGACGAGGAAAAUAUCAGAGCUAAGGAACAAGGAAUACUGAAUCUUGGAGAGAAAUACAAGAAGGAAGGGAAAGCCAAGGAGUUGGCAGAAUUAAUAAAAGCUACCAGGCCUUUCUUAAGUCUGAUAAGCAAGGCAAAAGCAGCUAAACUUGUCCGUUCUCUUGUUGAUUUCUUUCUUGAUUUAGAAGCUGGUAUUGGUAUUGAAGUUCAAUUAUGCAAAGAAUGUAUAGAAUGGGCCAAGGAAGAGCGCCGCACCUUCUUAAGACAGUCUCUGGAAGCCAGACUCGUCGCCCUUUACUUCGACACUGGUAUGUACACCGAGGCCUUAGAUUUAGCAACUGCCCUCUUAAAAGAACUCAAGAAGUUAGAUGACAAAAAUUUGUUAGUGGAAGUGCUACUUUUGGAGAGUAAAACCUAUCAUGCCCUCAGUAAUCUUCCUAAGGCACGCGCUUCGUUGACGUCAGCUAGGACCACAGCAAAUGCCAUCUACUGCCCUCCAAAAAUGCAGGCAGCAUUGGAUUUGCAAUCAGGUAUACUCCACGCUGCUGAUGAAAGGGACUUCAAAACUGCUUACUCUUACUUCUACGAAGCCUUUGAAGGUUACGACGGCGCUGACAGUCCUAAGGCUUUAACGGCUCUAAAAUAUAUGUUAUUGUCCAAAAUCAUGCUCAGUCAAGCAGAGGAGGUGGCUACAGUUUGCAGUAGUAAAGCAGCUCUGAAAUAUGCAGGUAAAGAAUUAGAAGCCAUGAGAGCAGUUGCUACUGCUUCUCACAAAAGAUCACUUGCUGAUUUCCAAGCUGCAUUAAAGACAUAUAAGCCAGAAUUAGAAGAAGAUGCCGUUGUCAGAGCUCACCUCGGCUCUCUAUAUGAUACCAUGCUGGAACAGAACUUGUGUCGCAUCGUAGAGCCUUAUAUGAGAGUUCAAGUGGACCAUGUAGCUAAGUGUAUCCGUCUGCCAGUUGUUCAAGUAGAGAAGAAAUUAUCACAGAUGAUACUCGAUAAGAAGCUGAAUGGUAUACUUGACCAGGGAGAGGGCGUUUUAAUUGUGUUCGACGAAUCCCCCCUCGAGAAGACUUACGAAACAGUUUUAGAAACAAUACAUCAUAUGAGCAAAGUUGUUGACACACUCUACCAGAAAGCUAAAAAACUAUCAUAGGCCCGCCUGAAAUUGUUGUAGCAAUAUAAAAACUAUAAAAUAUAUGAAUUAACUUACAUUGUCUGUUCCAUUUCAUGUAAAUUAAUGCAGUCUUUUUUUAUUGAUGGCAUAUUUUUAUUAACUUUUACUUACAAACAGAUCAGUGGUUUGCUAUCAUAGAUUUAUAACAGAGAAUAUAUAGCUUCCCUUUUAAUUUAUACCUAACUAUUGUUGAUUUGAAAUAUUACGACUAAUCCCUAAUUUCUCUCAAUUUCCUUUUUUUUUUUACUUAAGCUAGUGACAAAUUGUAAUAUUCUGUUUUAUUGGGAAUAAAGUUGUUCUCUAAA